AUGUUGCAACUUACCCGGUGGGAAACCGGUUCCCCUGCACCGGCAGCUGCCGGAGGAUCGUCGACUGUAGUCGGUACUACUCCGGACAGGGCCGAUACAGGGGAGAUGACUUUCUCCCUAUCUAAACGGCUGGGGGUUUCGGAUGAUCUGUUUGAGACUAAGUCCUCGGGCGGUCUUCUGUUGGAUCUGGUGGCUAAACUGGUUCAAGCCGCCGAGCGCAGUAUUCCUCGUACAAGUGGCAAACCUCCACCCCGAGCCACCCACUGGUGGAACCCGGAGGUCAGGCAAGCCAUCAAAGACCGCCGCAAAGCACUCCGGAUACUGAAAAAGACCCCUGCUAACCACCCCAUGAAAGAACAAAGGGCUGCAGAGUUUCGUAGAUCACGAAACCGGGCCAGGAAGGCCAUCGAGACUGCGAAGAUCAAGAGCUGGAACGCGUUUCUCCAGGGGAUAUCUCCCGAUGUUCCCACCACUGAGCUUUGGAGGAGAGUUGACGCUCUCAGCGGGAAAAGAAGGCAAGUCGGCUUCUCCCUCGAAGUCAACGGAAACACAACAGUCGAACCCCGAGUAAUUGCCAAAGAACUCGGCAAACACUUCAGUUCGUUAUCCUCUGACGCUGCCCUCCCUCCAACCUUUUUAGCACGAUGCAGUAGACUCGGAAGAGCGCCCAUAUCCUUCCCACCGGACUCAGGACAAGACUUCAACAGAGCGUUCUCUGGAAUAGAGUUAACAGCCUCACUCGCUACCGCCCACGGCAACUCCGUCGGACUAGAUGAUGUCGGCUACCCUAUGCUGCAGCAUGCUCCACCCGAGGCUAGAAGAGUGCUAUUGGAAUGUUUGAACCGCAUCUGGAAUGGUCAACCCAUCCCAUCUUCUUGGAAAACGGCCCUUGUAAUCCCCAUACCAAAGAAGAGUAACACUCCUCGUACGGCGAAAGACUUCCGGCCGAUUAGCCUGCUCCCCUGCGUAGCAAAAACUAUGGAGCGGAUGGUCAACAAACGGCUUAUGACCUACCUCGAAGAAAACUCCCAUCUUGACCAGCGCCAAUUCGCAUUUCGCAAAGGUGGAGGUACUGGAGCCCACCUCGGAUCAUUUGAAGAAAUUCUCCGGCAGGCUCUGACGGACGACCUGCAUGCCGACAUAGCUAUAUUGGACAUCGCCAAGGCCUACAACACAGUCUACCGCGAGGGGGUUCUCCGGCAACUAGCUAAUUGGGGAGUCACCGGUAACCUUGGAAACUACAUCAAGGACUACCUCAACAAUCGUGUCUUCCGAGUGGGAGUCGGUAGCCUACAAUCCAGAACGUAUGUGGAAGUAAACGGUAUCCCACAGGAAGCCGUCCUCGCCGUCACUUUAUUCCUCGUCAGCAUGAACUCCCUCUUUGCAUCUCUACCGGGUGGAGUUUAUGUUUUCGUCUACGCCGACGACAUCAUAAUCGUCGUAGUGGGAGGAUCGACCGCUCGAGUUCGGAUAAAGCUUCAAGCCGCAGUAAACGUCAUCGGAAAAUGGGCUGAAACAGUGGAAUUCAACAUAGCCGCCGCCACUGUUGCAAUUCCUAUCAUCAAGCCACUGAUAGACCGGUCAAGCUCAAAAAUAUACUUAUCCCUUUCCGCAGAGAACGAAAAAUACUCGGUAUCACGCUGGACCGCCGUUUAA